AUGGCGAUUCUGAGCGUGAGGGCAGACUUCUGCCAGGCCCAGCACAGCGUUUUCGCUGACAACUCUGCUUCACUCCUGUGUCUCUGCCCUUCAAUACUUUGUCGCUGUGGGGACAAGGACGAGGAAAUACACCCACUCUCGUGGCGGGGACAAGGACGAGGAAAUACACCCACUCCCCCAACAGCAUCAGUGAACCGUCCAGCCCCUGUGGAGAUCUCCUAUGAGAAUAUUCGUUUUCUGAUAACUCACAACCCUAUCAAUGCUACUCUCAAGUACAAAGAACGUAGGAAGUAUGGAAUAACAACUUUGGUUCGAGUUUGUGAUGCUACAUAUUAUAAAGUUCCAGUUGAAAAAGAAGGAAUCCACAUUCUAGACUGGCCAUUUGAUGAUGGAGCACCACCCUGUAAUCAGAUAGUAGAUGAUUGGCUAAACCUACUAAAAACCAGAUUUUGUGAAGAGCCAGGUUGCUGUGUUGCAGUGCAUUGCGUUGCAGGAUUGGGAAGGGCACCUGUGCUGGUUGCACUUGCUUUGAUUGAAAGUGGAAUGAAGUAUGAGGAUGGAGUUCAGUGUAUAAGACAAAAAAGAAGGGGAGCAUUCAAUUCCAAGCAGCUGCUUUACCUGGAGAAAUAAGUACUUAAGAUGUGAUUAUGAGACAGGAACCCUGGAUGUAGUCAGAGUAGGGUGAGGGCCUCCGGAGGGGGCAGAGCAGGAUAUUUGCAGUCAGAGCAAUGUAACUACAUGCAAGGAAACCCCCCUACUAAAAAU